CAUGUGUUAUACAUCCCUCCCCCAUUCUGGGUACCAGUUGGGCGCUUUCAGGUGCAGGAGGUUGAAGAGAUGGAGCAGCUUCCUCAGCAGCGCCCGGCCUCUUAAAACACUGCUGACCUGAGCCUCCUUCCUCCCCGUAGCCUUCAGCAGAGAUGGAGUGAAAUGGACCCCUCGACCUGCCUCCGGGGAUCAGCAAUGGAGUUAAAGCAAUCUCUAUCUGUUCAUCUGGAAGCCGAGAAGCCUCUGAGGCGCUAUGGGGCGGUGGAGGAGACAGCAUGGAAAGCAGAGGGACUGGGAAGCCAGCUGGACAUCAUCUCCAUGGCUGAGACCAGCAUGAUGCCUGAGGAGAUUGAGCUGGAGAUGGCGAAAAUCCAGCGUCUCCGUGAAGUCCUGGUCCGUCGAGAGUCUGAACUCAGGUUCAUGAUGGAUGACAUUCAGCUCUGCAAGGACAUCAUGGACCUGAAGCAGGAGCUGCAGAACUUGGUUGCCAUCCCAGAAAAAGAAAAAACCAAGCUGCAGAAGCAGAGAGAGGAUGAGUUAAUCCAGAAGAUCCACAGACUGGUGCAGAAGAGAGACUUCCUGGUGGAUGAUGCUGAAGUGGAACGGUUAAGGGAACAGGAAGAAGACAAAGAAAUGGCUGAUUUCCUGAGGAUCAAGUUAAAACCUCUAGACAAAGUAACCAAGUCUUCAGCCACUUUUCUAUUGCUGCAGGCUCCCGGGCAGAGAAGAAGGCAGAGCCCCCACCUAGCAAGCCAACAGUGGCCAAGACAGGGUUGGCACUCAUCAAGGAUUGCUGUGGGGCCACCCAGUGCAACAUCAUGUAGCCCCUAUGUGGGGUGUUCUGGAACCAUGGGGACCCUCCCUCCCACCCUUUUAUCCUCAUAGCUCCCAUUUCACAGGGGUCCAAGAGCUUUCCAAGGCAGAAGGGGUUGAAGGCAAGCCCAUGACUGCUAUUAGCAGCUGUGGGCACCUGGCAGGUGGGUCCAACCACUGCUGUACAGAGUGUAGCAAUAGAGAGCCCCUCACUGUCGCAUGGCCCUCCCCAGAGCAUGCCCAGCCCAGGAGUCUGUCUCAUCCUUUAUCUAGCCACCAAGAAAGCCCCUCCCUUAAACAGUAUAUCUUCACUUUUUCUAGGCGUCUCUAACCUACCAUGCGAACGAACUGGGAAAGGGGCAUGAUCCCCAGGUGUGUAUAGCUGUGAAUUUAAAUAAUCUAGCACCAUGUUGGACCCCUUCCUCAUCUACCCUCCAGCUUUGCUGUCAGAUACAAGUCCUGUUCCCUGUUUGUCUUCUCCCAGAGACUACCACCUGCAGGGUUCCACACAGCCCACACAUCUUUUAGGCUCCAUUGCAAUCACUUUCGUAGAGACACUGGCCUGUCUGAAGGUGUUGGGUUUACACCUCCUGCUCCCUCCCAUUCUGUGUCUGGGCACAGGUGACAUCAGGUGUGUAUCUGCCAAGAUCCAGGCUCUUCCUUAAUUUGCCAUGUCCAGCCCACAAUGGAGCAGGGUGGGGAGGAGUGGCCAAGAGCAGAUCCAGUGCUUAGCGGACCAGGUAGCAGAGAACUUCAGGUGCCAAUGUCAAGGCCAGAGUGGAUAAGAAAGGGACCCAGAAAAGUUGCCAACCCAUAUCCUCUUUACCCACUGAGGGCUGCUGCAAGGAAGUACAAGUGGGAGGUCACCCUGCUGCGCAACAUACAUCUCUGUAAAGAACAAUUGGCAGGCAGGAGAGGAAGCCUGAUCCAACUGUGUCCCAUUGUCUGGUGGCGUGUUUGAACCAGCCCCCAAAUUCCUCCUGUGUAACUUGAUGUACAUUUGCCACAGCCAGCCUGACACAGGCUGUGUGACCUCUGUGCGUGUAUGUGUGAUAUGACUGGCCUAAGUAGUUAGCACCAGUCAAGAUCUGCUGAUGUGCAAACUAUCCAUCAGAGAAAAUAAAAAUGAAAAACACACACAGCAUUUUAUAAGUUCUUACCUUUUUCUUGAUUAUGGACAUAACUCAUGUACAUAGGAAAUCACUUUAAGGCUGGUGAGAUGGCUCAGCAGUUAACACUGGCUGCUCUUCCAAGGUCCUGAGUUCAGUUCCCAGCAACCAUAUAGUGGCUCACGACAUCUAUAAAAGGAUCUGAGUCCCUCUUCUGGCAGACAGAGAACUCAUACAUAAAAAGAAAAUAUAAAUAAAUAAAUUUCAAAAUCAUUUUAAAAGUACUAAAAGUAUAUAAAAUAUUUAACCACUCACAACUUUCCUGGUGAUCAUUUUGACAUAUUUCCUUAAAUCUUUUCAUACAUGUCUAUUGUCAUGAUUUGCAUCAUAUUGGAACUUAUUUUUAAGAUUUAUUUAUUAUGUGUGCCUGCAUGUGUGCUUAUGGGGCAGAAGAGGGUACCAUAUCUCAUUAUAGAUAUGAGCCACAUGUGAACCACCAUGUGGAUGCUGGGAAUUGAACUCAGGACCGUUGGAAAAAGAGCUCUUAACUUCUAGCCAUCUCUCGUGCCCCAUGUCGAAAUAUUUUACAUCCAGCUUUUUUUUCAGUUAUUAUUAUGCUACUUAGGCUUCUCCUAUAUCAUUUUAUUUAUUACAAUUUAUUCAUUUUGUAUGCCAGAUGUAGCCCCCUCCCUUGUCUCCUCCAAGUCCACUCUUCUUCCCUCUUCUCCUCCUAUGCCCCUCUCCCCUAUAUCAUUAAAAGCUCUUUGUUAACAUUAAAUACUCUUCAUAAAUAUUUAUAGUGGCUGCUUAGUACUCCAUCUUGUGGACAUACUGUCAUCUGUUUUACUAUCACUUCACCACUGGACAUUUAAACUGUCCCUACAUUUUCUCAUACUAUAAAUAAGAGCAUGGUCAACAUCCUAAGGAGCUAAACCUUCAUUUGAAUUUCUAUCUUUUUUUAUGAAGAUGAACUAGAAGUAACAUUAUUGGAUCAUUAAUGAGUAGCAUUUUCAAAUGAUUUUUAAAUGUGGCUUGGGAUGUGGCACAGUAGGUAGAAUGUUUGCCUUGUAUACACAAAGCACUGGGUUUCACCCCAAGCUGAGUGUAAACUGGAUAAUAUAGUGCAAGCCUGACUCAUAGCACUGGGGGAAAGGGAAGAAGUGGAAGGGAGGUUUAGAAGUUCAAGGCCAUCCUUGGCUACAUGUUGAAUUUAAAGCUAAAUUAGACCUAUCUCAAAAAAACAAAAAGUAAGUUAGAAAUGGAUUUGUAGUGUCAUCAAAAUGGCUUUUUUUUUUUUUGUUCCAGCUGUGGGACUUAGCAUCUUGGUAGGUGGACAUUUUACAUCAGGCCCUGCAGGCUGUCUCAAGUGAGUUUCUGCUUUGGCCCACAUGCCACAUCCUAACAACCUAACAGUGAAGAUGCUCACUAGGGCAUUUGUCAAAAUACUGACCUGAGGGGACACUGUCUCUGCUUUCAGUACCCUAAAAGUAGAUUUUAGUACCAUAGAAGUAAAGCCAGGGUAUAUGUGUGUCUUAGAACAACCACAAACUAGGGGCUCAGCCCCAUAGGAACAGCCUGGAGUAAAGGGGUCCUUAGGGUUUCCCCUCUUUAGUUUAUCUACUUCCUAGAAAUCUUGGGACUCGAUUGGCUUCAAUGCUCCCAUCCCUAGCUUUAUCUCCAGGCAUUCUCCUCCAUGUAUUCCCUCUCAUCAUGUAAGGUACCAGUGAUAGAGUGUAGGGCCCCCUAACUCAGUUGAUC